GAUGAUCCCAUGAGACAAUAAUAACUAAGCAAAUCCCUAUCUUGUCCUUUGUUGUUCCUUCUUUUCCAUGGCGGACGAGUCUCUUUGCCUUUUGCAAUCAGAUAACCCACAUGACACAGGGUCUAAGGUUUUUUGGCUUUCAAAUGGUAGCUGCUCUUCCAAAUCACUUUUGAUGCCAGAUGACCUUUUGGAGACAUUUUGCUUGUGAAUUUUCAUGUUACAUAUUGGACUUUUUGUUUUUUCUCGGCAGUCAUGUUAGAGUAAUGUUUAGUUAAUGGGUUAUGCGAAGUGAUACACAAUGGUGUAUGGUGCAGAAUAAAAUGUUCGUGAGAGGUAUCAUUUCCUUUUCAUUCAUUAAGUUUACUAGUAACUUCACAACUAACAAGUAAGACUUUCAAGGUGAAAAUUAAUUGAUGGUAGAGCUUCUGAAUAUUACAUUUUACUGUCAAUAUUAAAAUGGAACAAACUGUGAGCUUUUUCAAUUAUUAUGCUCGUCACUCAUAGCAUAGUCCAUUCACUUUGAUUUUUCAUAAAAUAUGUCACCAAGCUAUUAUAACAGUUGUCAUAAACUGAAUUUUUCUUUUUUUUUUGGAGGGGGCGGGGGAGGGACAAAUGGUUGUAGCUGGUCUUCAGACUCUGGACUUUCUUAUAGACUUGCCUGGAUGAUUUUACUUGAAGUGCUGAAUAGAGAGCAUGAAAGCUUAGGUAUGGCACAGUGAAGUAGUAACUGACUGAUUACCAUGAAGAGAAAUCCUAUAAGCCUGACAAUAAGAGCAAAGCACUCAUAUGCUCAUGAGCUCCAUGCAAGCAGAUUUGUUUGACCUUUGAAAAUUGAUGGUGGUACUUAGUGUCUAUUUGGAGGACACAUCACAAAGUUGGAAGGGUCUUUGCAGAAGCAACCCCAACAAUGUAGAAGAGACAGGGAGAAUUGAUGCGGCAAGUAAAAGAGUGUUUCUCGCGGCUUGUGACUCUCUACCCACUCUUGACGCCACAUACAUACCCUAGCUUGCAUAUGCUCUCCUCUCCUCAAAAUUAAAGUAGGCCUCUCCUU